CUAAAUGUUAAAACAUCAAACCAACCUGGAAUCAAUCAAUCACAGUUAAGUUUCGGACUAUCAUUUUUAGACCCGGGCUAAGCUACUGCAACAAGUCCCCGACGCUACCUAUUAAUAAUAAUAAAGAGGAAGAGGACCAUCUCUUGGCAAUCGCUCCUAAACCCAAGUCCUUCUUUUACCAAGCCUCUCCCACAGCUUGGCACAUGCAACACCCAAGAUCUUGGUGAACCCUCCCGAAAGCCAAUUCUAACGAGUCUAUUUUGAGACUUUUUAUCCCUUCCUCUCCCUACCGUAACCGAUUUUUGGGUAGUCAUACGACACCGUGGGACUCCUAUUGGGGUUUCUAUACCUCACCGUUGUUCUGCCGCCGAUUGCGGCCCGACCGUUGCAACGGCUUUUCCUACUAAUACCUCCUGAAUCACGCGGAUUCCCGAACCGUUCGCAUCCCACCCCCGCGUGAUCCCUCGCCCUUUUGCUCUCAUUUGCCCAUCUCGUAACGGUCGAUCGGAAAGUUGAUGACGGGUUUCGUGUGGUGUCAUGCCUGGCACUCACCCCGUUGUCAAUUGAGAUAAAUCGAAUAGAUGGGUUCCGACGCCGACAAAUCGCACAACUUGUCGCUCGACGACUCGCCAUCUAAACCCUCCUUUUUCUCGCGUCUUACGUCCCCCCUUCGCUCUCGAACACGCAACCUUGCCGAUUUUCAUAUUCGCCUCCAGGAACCUCACCGACAAUAUUCUGCUGGCGAUCAUGUCAGAGGCCACGUCAUUCUUUCCGUUGUUAAACCUAUUCGCAUAACACACUUAACCGUCGCUUUACACGGAUUCGUUCGCGUCUACAAACAUGCUGGUGCUGGUGCGCAGCUCAGUGCCCCCGUUAAUCCCGCUGUAAUAUCCCACGAUAAAAACCGGAAUGUCAGGUAUUUUGGCAAUGGACUUGCUUCUCUCUUCCAGGACGAACAAGUUCUGUGUGGUGAAGGGAGGCUGAAGCCUACGCGAUUCGAAUUCGAGUUCGACCUCAUUUUUCCCUCAAAGGGGCUCCCGAGCAGUAUUGAUUUUGAGAGGGGAACGAUAUCCUAUAUGAUUACUGCCACCUUGACGCGGCCGACUUCCAUAGCUGCGACUUCUAGCUGCGAGACAAAAGUAGCACUUGUUGAGAAGGUGGAUAUAGGGCUGCUCGUCCCCCCGCGCGAACGAAAGGUGUGCAUGCAGACGUUACGUAGACGGCCUAAAAAGAAAAAGAAACCAGUACCGACAGUCGUAUCAACGGUCAAGCACGGUUCACUAUCGGCAGAGAUCCAGGAGGCAGCGUCGGACUUGGACUCAACGAGGGUGAAUGAGAAUUCAAAUGGAAGUAGCGCAAGUCUCGGCGAGAUCGCGGCAGUUGGGCCAAGUGGAAGUCAUCUACCCAGGAGUCCAUUGCGAAGCGAUUUGAUCCCGGGCGACUUACAAAGCGAAAUUAGUGGCGAGAGUGCUUUAAGCAACAACAGCGGUACUAAUAGUGUUAGGGGUGCUGAUGCCAGCGGUGAAUCCGUUGCCGCAAGUAGGGUGUCGGGGAGCGAUGAAAGGGAGAUCAAUGCUACGGUUGAAUUGCUAAAAGGUGGCUGUCUUCCUGGGGAUAUACUACCAGUGAAGAUUAGGGUCGAACAUAAUCGUCGUAUGAAAAGUAUGCAUGGCGUCAUUGUCACGCUCUAUCGGCAAGGUCGUGUUGAUUAUUCCCCACCGAUAUCGUUAUUUACGACAGAUUUAUCUGAAGAGGAGGCGAAGCGGCUAGAGCGCGAGGAUUAUUAUCCACGAUCAAGGACCGGCCUUGGAGGGCUGUCACUAUCAUCUGCAGGCUCUUGUAGUGUUUUUCGAAAGGACCUUUCACAAGCCGUUGCGCCAUUAAUCAUCGAUCCUGCUACUCUCACGGCAAAUAUAACGACAUCUAUCAGAGUUCCGGAGGAUGUGUUUCCAAGUAUCAAAAAUGUUCCAGGAGGUCUAAUCAGUUUCAAGUACCACGUUGAGGUCAUCCUUGAUCUGGGAGGGAAACUUGCCGGCCAAUCAUCCGGGAGUUCUCAACAAACAAGUCGGAUGGGCUCGCUGGGAGUUCCGGGUGGAAACCCCGCUUCAACAGUAGGGGCAUACGAUAUAAAGCGACUCGCUAAUUGGAACGGUACAAUAGUCGACACUGACCACUUACGACGCGAGAAAGGAGUCAUAUCAGUAUCGUUCGAGGUUGUUGUAGGGACUAUGGACUCCACUCGGUCCCAAGGCAAGUCUGUCAUACGUCCGGCGCUAACAGUCGAACCACCGACAGAGGAUGCUCACGUUGAGAGCGACGAAUUGAAUUACACUUGGCAGAACGAGUAUGACGACGAGAACUAUCACGGGGACUAUGCUCCUGGACAGCUUGAGCCGUCACCCCAGAGCUAUUUUCCGCCAGGUGCAUCCCCCCAGACCUCGUAUUACGACUUUCAAGAUCGAGAGGGCCACGCUCCUGUUUAUAUACCACCGCCAGAGUUGCCCAAUGAGAAUGGGUUCUCAGAGAAGGAGCGUGUACGUCAGGCAGAACAGAGGUUAUUACCUAGCCAACCUCCCCAGCUACCGUCUGAAUCAGGAGCUGGCCCUUCGCAACUAUCCGCAUCAACUGAUAUUUCCGUCGUUCCGACAAAUGCUGCUCACCCUUCAAACGGCCAUGUUUCACUACCGGUACUAGAAGAGGAUGCUGGAGAAGGGCCAUCGGCGCCCACAUUCGCAGACCUGACGCCAACUGGUCCUCCAAGGUCUCAUGCCGAUGACAAACAGGAACUUGAGCGGCAACGGCUGCUCCAGGAGGCUAGCGCUCCGCCAGAGGUCCCGGAGGAUUAUGAUGACGAAGGCCCAUCAGCACCUUCCUUAGGCCACACAGGGGUCUCAGAGCCGACAGCCCCAGUGCUUAAUGACCACCAUGACUACGGGGCUCCAGAUCCUUACCAUGAUAUUGCCGGGCCUUCGAAUCAAGCUUCGGGCCACGAACCGUUGCCAAGAUACGAGCGCUAGUUGCCAAGAAGCGAGAGAAUUCUGUUGUCUAUGAAUAAGACGACAAUAUAUGCGAUUUCUCGUCUUGUUAUUGAUGGGACAAGAUUGAUAUUUCAAUCCACCGAUCAUACAAGACUGAUACCCAGUUUGCGCUUCGCCUCGCUUGUUGCAUGAUAGAGCAGUUUGGUAUCGAUAUGAUGAACGGCUUGCAUAUAAGAGCGUGUGAAGUUUGUUACCGCAUUUGUUCUUACAUAUACUCUGUAAGAGCCACAAUGAAGGAGUUCGGGAUGUCAGGAUUAUAUAUAACUUACGGAAAGAAAAAUAUAGCGUGCUAAAUAAAAGCUUCUACAGCGUCAUCGAUACUAUCUAUGUUUUGUUUAUUAUAUGGGGUGAGAUUUAUGACUUAGGGUUAUCGAAGCGUACGGCGCUGGCCGAACUUGGAGCUAUAUUCUCUUGAUGCCUACG